CGAAAAGCUGCAUCGGUUGACAGAAUCAGUGAACUGCCAGCAGAUUUAAAGGAACAAAUUUUAAAGUUCUUGGACACCCAAUCUGCUGCCCGAACAGCUCUUCUCUCGACUCAAUGGAAGGAUGUAUGGUAUCGCCAUGGUCGGCUUGAGUUUUUUUGGGACUUCAACGAACCCUUGUCUUCUCUUGGAAACAUGAUAACUAACAUUCUCUUGCUCCAUUCUGGACCCGUGAGGGAAUUUUCGCUUUAUAUUUGCAGUCAGGAGGAUCCAGCCCUUCCCCAGUCUGAUAUUGAUUCGUGGUGCCUAUUUCUAUCGAGAAAUGGAAUUGAAGAUCUUACCCUCGGUUAUUUUGAGUUUCAGUAUUAUGAUCUGCCAGUUUGUAUAGUCUCCUGCCCGACCAUUAAGAUACUCAGUCUUCGGAAUUUCUUUUUCCGUUUCCCUGUUAAUGCUCCACCUGGCGGUAUAUUUCCCAACCUCACAUUUGUAUUUUUCAGCCGUACUGAUUUUGAGCAUAAUGCUGCUGGAAUUAUGGGUUGUAGAAUACCUAAUCUUGUUGAGCUGGUCUUCUCCCAUUGUAAUGAGGUCCAAAAGUGUGUGAUCAAUGCUCCAAAACUGGAAAGCUUGAUGGUCAUUGGCUCUACUAUGUACAGAAAUGAAUGGUCAGAAUGGAGAUGGUUUCUUAUUCAUCUUCCAAUAAUUAAGACUCUUUGCUUGUCUGUAGAACUAUUUGUGGUGAGGUUCUUUUCUUUCAUAUAAUGUUACAACUUCAGUUUGUAUUUUUGUGUUAGGGUUAUGAUUUCAAGGGUUACUACUUGUUUUUUUCAAGGAUAAUCUUGGUGCUACAAUAAAUAUCCAAGAGAUGUUACCAAUAGCAAUAAAUGUGGAAGUAAUUAAGCUGUAUGAGUUCAACUUUGCUUCCGCGAAGCACUUUGAUUUUGCGGUUCAGCUGAUUAAAAAAUGUCCAAAGCUAUGCGAAUUGGAAAUUCUAGCAGAACAGUUUUCUUCAAUGGAAGAGUUUAAAGCUGCUGCAAGGGCAUGGGAAGAUCCAGAGUAUGGGUUUAUUGAUCAGGAACUGGCCGUGAUUAAAACAGUGAAGUUCGCAUCAUUUCUUGGAUUGAGAUUGGAAGUACAGUUUGUCAAAACAAUCCUGUCAAAUUCUCCCGCCCUUGAGACACUUGUUAUUCAGGAAGCAUCAUAUAAUAGUUUAAAUAACUCUGUGGUUCCCGGAAUCGUAAGGAAGAUGCCCCGCUUCCCUCGUGCUUCUCCAAAAGCACAAAUCGUCCUCUUGAAUUAUACGUAUCCCAGCCUCGUUGAUUCACCUCCUGAGUUUUAGCUUUUCGGUCUUUAUUUUCCAAAUGGAUAAGUGCAGCAUGUCUGGGCAUUUUUUGGGAAUCAUCAUCUUACUCCGAUGUACAAAAGUUUGGUUUUUCAAUCCAAAUGAUCAUCAAACAGCUAUUUUUAUGUUUUGGAAUGAUUUUUUAUUAAGAAAUUGUCCAAAAUGAGACUAAAACAUGGACCAAACUCCAAAAUGGGACAUUAAGUUUUUUAUUUCCCAAAUAGGACUCCAGAUUACACUUUUACCCUUCAUCUAAUUAAACCCAAUUUCUCUGCCUCUCUCGAUCUAUUUGGUGUGUGCUAUUUCUUCCGCCCAGCUGCGUGCCUACGUUUCUCCCAUCAACCAUCGAAGCUGUUGCUCCAGUCUAUAUUCUUUUCCAAGUUCGCCAUUGAUCAAGAAUAAAUUCAAUCUAGGGAAUUGAUCCACUUUAAUAGUUGAAACUAGAAUCUCAUGAAGAAGAAGAGGGUUCAAUUCCCCCAGAUUGGAGCCAUCAUUAAGAUUGGAGCCGCUGCAGUUGCUCCACCAUGACAGGGCUGGCAAGUGGCGAACGGAAGAAGAGAAGCGCAGGGCAUUUUUGGCAUUCCACCGUUAUUUUAGUCCUACACUACUUCAGAUUAAACUAGUAGUCCUAUAAUGGAAUUUUUCAUAUGUUUUAGUCCUAUUUAGGCAAAUCUCUCUUUUUUAUUACCUGAAGUAGAUGGAACAACAAUUAUAAUUCUGGAAGAAGUGAGAUGCUAAGCUUUUUUAUGCAGUAUAAAUUUUUGUUAGGUCUCAACUCUUUAUAGAUACUCAUCCCUUAUCUGACUGGGUAUUUUGAAAGGGAUGUCGUGAGUAUGGGGAUAUUUCUUUUAUGGCUCCCUUUGUCUUGACAACAAAUUUCACAUUAUUUU